AUGCUUCAAGUGGGCUUUGGCAAAGCCAGAGACCCCAUCCUCCGUAUUUUUCAGAGAGAGGUCAACGUAAAACUGAAUAAUUUACGGGAGAAGUUAAAGGCAUUGUGCAAAGUUCAAAUCACCUACGAUGAAAAGGCCCAACACAUAAAAAUCCAGGCUCAACACACAGAGAGGCAGAUCAAGCAGGAGUUUGAGAAGCUUCACCGUUUUCUACGAGAUGAAGAGGCAGCCAGGAUAGCUGCACUGAGGGAGGAAGAGGAGCAGAAGAGUCAGAUGAUGAAGGAGAAGAUUGAGAAGAUGAACAGAGAGAUCUCAUCUCUUUCAGACACAAUUAGAACCAUAGAGAAGGAGAUGGGAGCUGAUGAUGUUACAUUCCUGCAAAACUACAAGAGCACAGUGGAAAGAGCCCAGUGCACACUGCAGGAUCCAGAGAGGGUUUCAGGAGUUCUGAUCAAUGUGGCAAAGCACCUGGGCAACCUGAAGUUCAAAGUCUGGGAGAAGAUGCAGGAGACUGUUCAAUACACUCCUGUCACUCUGGACCCCAACACUGCGCACCCCAAUCUCCUUCUGUCUGGGGAUCUGACCAGCGUGAGACUCUGUUUUGGAACACAGCGGCCUCCUAAUGACCCAGCGCGGUUCUCAUACCAAACCUGUGUCCUGGGCUCUGAGGGCUUUGACUCAGGGACUCACUGCUGGGAUGUGGAGGUUGGAGACAGCAAAGGCUGGGAUGUGGGGGUGAAGACAGCGUCCGGCACAAGGCUGGGAUGUAUGUCUCGCACCUCUGGAGUCUGGCGUGUGUUUCAGGUCAGGGGUCAGUAUACAGCAGCUGAUCCGACCCAACAGCACUCCCUACUGACAGUGGAGCAGAAACUCCAGAGGAUCAGAGUGCAGCUGGACUGGGAUAGACGAGAGCUGUCAUUCUCUGACCCUGAUAAUAACACACACUUACACUCGUUCACACACACAUUCACUGAGAGUGUCUUGCCUUAUUUCUGGAUUGGGUUAAGCUCCUCUUCAUCUCUCAGGAUCUUACCAGUGAAGGCUGCAGAAACAGUAGAGCAGCUCAGAUAGAGUUCAGGGUCCUACUGCAGCAAUCUCAUGGAGGAAAUGUUGAAACAAUUCAGUGUAAAUGUGGUGAGGAUCAUAUAUAAUGUACUCUGAACAGAUUUGUUUAACCAUGUGGAAAGAUUUCAGUGGACUAGUCCAGCCUAUUCCCACACAAAUAGGAAGACUGUGGUUCUAUGUCUAUACUUUCAUUUGAAUUUGUGCAUGCGGUCAUAUAGUCUCUGCAUGUAAUUAAAGGAGUUAAAGGUAUAGUGACAAGAUACAGUCUCUCUCUCAUCUCUCUCUCUCACACACACACCACACACACACACACACACACACACACACACACACACACACACAAAUAAGAAGGCUGUGGUUCUAUGACUGCUUUCAUUUUCUGCAUACUGUCACAUAGUUUGUGCAUGUAGUCAAGUAGCUUUGACAGCUAGUUUCAUGUCCCUUCCUGUCAAGGGUUUUCAGCUUUUGGUGCAUUUACAUUUUUUUUGCUCAUGCUGUGGUGAGUUUAGUCCACUUGUUGCUGAGCUUUAUCGGUGUCUUCUGCUGCUGUUCUUAGAGCUUUGAUAUCCCUGUUGAUGUUUGUACUGACUUCCUGUUUUGUUGCCAUUACUUUUUUAAUAUUGUAAACGAGGAACAAGAACUCUUGAAAUCUGUGGAAUCUGGUCCUGCUUGAUUGCACUGUCUAAAGUGGCAACUGAUAUGAUAUGGUCAGGUGGCAAGAUAAAUGUGUCAGUUUACGCAUGUGUAUUAGCACUGAUAUACAUGGCAAGACAAAUAUGUCACAGUUUAUGCAUGUGUAUCAGCAGCGUUGUGCCUUCCAACAUCUGCAAAGUGUGACAUGAAACAGAACAAAACAUGAUUUCUGUCUCAGUGAAACCAGUCUACA